UUCUUUAAACAAACAUUGAAAAAAAAAAAAAACUUCUCUGCAAAAUCCUCUGUAAGUAAACAAUGAAGAAAAAAUUCUGUCUUUGUUAUUGUCCUUGUGUUGUUGAAACAGAGGAUUCUACUGAUCUUCUUCUUUCAACAAACAACAAUAGUACUGUUUCUUCGUCUAUGAAUAUCUUCGUAAAAGAUUCAGACAAAAAAAUAACGAAUCCAUCGUUUAAUAAAAGUAUCCACAAACAUCCUACCCGGAAAAUCUUUUCAUACAAGAAUUUCCCUCGACUUUGUAAAGCCAUAUUGUUUCAAGAUCCCCUGAGAAAUAUUCAGCAACUUGAGAUUGAAUUGAAAAGUAAAGUGAAUUGGAAUAAAGAUGAACAGUGUUUCAAGAAAUUGGAAAAUCAUGAAUCAAGAAAACCAGAAAUGGAAGUUGAAGAAGUUAAUAAAAUCUCACAAGAAAAAGACAGUUCAGUUUCACAUGAAUCUCAAAAGUUGUCAUCAUCAAAUUGGACAAAUCCAAAAACUUCUAGUACUACUUCAACAUCAUCAUGUGACAAGAAGAAAAAGGACUAUUGUUCCUUGUUGUAUUUAAUUGUCAUUGCUCUAUUCAUGACAAUUUUUCUAGGUAAAUCUUGGGCCAUAGUGUUAACAUUAUCAUGGCUUUAUUCUAUCCCUUAUUAUCAGACUCGACAACAAUAAUAUAUUUAGUGAAAUUCUGUAAAGUGGGAUCUGAACCCUUGAUAUCGGAGUCGAUUAAUCGAAAGUGAGAAAUUUCAAUUGUUGACAUGAAAAAGGUAGUUAAGUUUUUUUACUUGAACAAUACUUAAAGACUUGUAGCUUUUGUGAUUCUUUUGGAAUGGUAUAUCACUUUAGUACGUGCAAUAAAUUAUUGUA